AUGGCCAUGAAUGAAGGAGAUGGCCAUAAAAGCUAUGCAAAGAACUCAACUUUCCAAGGAGGAGUGACGGAGGCUUCAAAAGAAAUAAUCGAAGAAGAAAUUAGGAAGAAACUUGACAUUGGAAAUAUCUCUUCAACUACUAUCCGCGUUGCAGAUUUCGGAUGUUCUUCCGGGCCUAAUACAGUAAAUGCAAUGCAAAUAAUAGUUGAAUCAAUAAAGAAAAAAAUUGAAACUAAAUUAUCCGUUUCACAUGAGAUGCCCGAGUUUCAGGUUUUCUUUAAUGAUCGGACCUCCAAUGAUUUCAAUACUUUGUUUGCUUUACUUCCGUCGGAAAGACAGUACUAUGCAGCCGGAGUUCCCGCUCAAUUUGCGAAGGAUUUGGACUCAUUCUUGAAAGCAAGGGCAGAAGAGUUGGUUGAUGGAGGGCUACUGGCUUUUAUCCAUGGUGUUGAGCCCAAUGCUAAUAAGGACACCUCUAAAAUUACAUUACCGUCUUUCGAACUUUUGGGAUCUUGUCUUGUGGACUUGGCUAAGAAGGGACUAUUUGAUAUAUCCAAAGUAGACUCGUUCAACUUGCCCAAGUAUUUUCCCUUUCAUGAUGAAUUGAAAGCUUUGGUAGAAAGAAAUCAAGAUUUUAGUCUCGAAAGGAUGGAAAUACUUAACAAUCCUCCGAAGCGUCUCACUAAUCCCGAUCCCAAAUCAUUUGCCAUGUUCAUGCGAGUAUUGAUUGAGGGACUUCUGCAAAAUCAUUUUGGAAGAGAAAUCAUGGAUGAAUUAUUCCAGAGAUACGAAGAAAAAGUUGAAGAGUCUGGACUUCUAUCGGAUCCUAAUGAAAAUUCUCUUAUGGCACUUGUCCUCCUCAAGUGCAAAAGGAUGACUCGAUCUUAUACAGACAAUGAAGUCAUCCUUUGA